ACUCAUUUUCUCUUUACAAAACUCUCUCUGUCUCUCUCUCUCUACAAUUUCAUUUCAACGGGAUGCAGCUCUCCCCUUUGUUUCCGUUAAAGUGAGAGAGCAGUCUUCACCCAGGGAAUAAGUGCGUGCUAGGGACGAUUUUGUUAAUGUGAGAAGCAAAAUACGGAAACAUUUCAGAAUGGGUGCUGCUUGUUGUGUUGCAGCCAAAGAUAAAACUAUACAGAGUGGACCAGCCAGUGAAAUCUUGCAUCGUAAUAUUCGGUGUUCUCCGACUUGGAGCUUCCGGUGGGAUCAUCGAGGGCGUGUAGCUGGUGAAGAUACUUCUAUUGAUUGGUUUUCUGAUGGUAUUAACAGGAAUGAUGGAUUGGAGAAUAAAAAUGAAUCAUCAUAUGAAUCGGAGGAUGGAAGCCCGUUGCAGAAUUAUCAAAGGAAUAGAUGGAAAAAAUCCCCUACUGCUGAAGGAACUGCUGGACAAGUGAUAAAUUCAUCUUCCGAUCAAUCUAUUUCAAGGAAUGUCACCUUGAAUGUAAGCACGGAACGGGUGAAGGAGUUGGCAGAAUCAUCAACCCUAUCAUGUCCGUAUACCACAAAACCUCCACGAUUGCCUUCUUCUACUACAUUGUCAGUAUCUCCUGUACCAUCACAAAGUCACCCACUUCCAUCCAGCUCAACCCCUUCAAGGCCCUGCCAUUCCCCAGGACAUCAACUACUACGACAAGUUUCUGAUAGCCGAAUCCUGGGAUUUAAGGUACCUAGCAACUUUUAUGUAUCUGAAGAAAGGCCAGUGUUUCCUUCAUGGUGCAAUGAAUCUGGUAUGCACUCCCAUGGUGGAUCUUCAGAUUAUUGGUCUAGGCCUGGCUUUUCUGAGUUGAUGGACACUUCCCAGAAAGAAAGCUGGUCAUUUGAUAGUGAGUCAUUUGGUUUUAAUUGUGAAAGGUUGGUUAGAUCAAAUAGUCAGUUUUCAAAGUCUGCUGAUCUUCAAACAUGUGGUGUUUGCUCAAAACUUUUAACUGAGAAGUCUUCUUGGAGCACCCAAAAGAUAAUUGCAAGUAAUGACUUAUCUGUAGUUUCUGUUCUUAUUUGUGGACAUGUCUAUCAUGCUGAAUGUUUGGAGAGUUUGACACCCGAAGUCAAUAAGUAUGAUCCAGCUUGCCCAAUUUGCACUUUUGGUGAGAAGCAAACUCAUAAGUUGUCUGAAAAAGCUCUGAAAGCUGAAAUGGAUUUGAAGGCUAGAAAUAAGAAAUCUAGGAACCGAAUUGUGGACAGUGAUAUUGAUGAUGAUUCUGUUAUGUUUGAUCACUUUAGUGAUGGAGGGCGUCAAGGUAAAAUUCCUAGAAUGGAAUCUAGUUCCAGUGGGAGAACCUCUAAUGUGAAACCUCUUCUGAAGAGACACUUCUCAUUUGGGUCAAAGAGUUCCAAGUGCAUGUUAGAUAAUCACCAAACGAGAAAGAAGGGCUUCUUUUGGACAAAAUCUAGCAAGGAAUAAACUUUCCUUUGGUUGUUGAGAGGUUCAAUUGUUGAUCUUCUUGGCAAUGUCAGAUAAUGGCUGAGGAAAGGGCAAGAUGUAAAUCAAGCUUUUAUUCUUGAACAUCUGCAUACAUUAAUUCGUGAUUUCAGACGGAUUAGAAGCUGGAAUUAUUCUGUAAAGAAAGGUGAAAAAAUACAGAAGAUAAAUAUAGGAAGACAAAGUGUUUUGUUAUUUUGUACAGAUCCAUUAGUUUAUUGCAUAUGGAGAUGAUUCAUGUAUCCAAAAAUGUACCGAUAUAUAAUGCAGUAUAUAUGCCAUUAGCCCUUGGGGGUUUCUCGUGUUGGGCAAUGGUCUUCACAUGUUGUUAGGCAAUACCAACUAGUUUGGUUGACUUGAAUUAAUUGCUUUUAGUGAAAAACAAGUUCAGAAAACCUCACAUCAAAUCAAUGCCUUUGUCGUUAG